AUGGCCGGUCGCUGGACUCCCCGGCAGCGCUCGCAUCGCAACAACGUCGUCGGCUUCUUCGUCCUGGUCUUCCUCAUCCUCUUCUACUUCCGCGACGACCUCCUCCCUCCCUCCUCAAACUCCCGCAGCCAUGCAUACGACACCUCAACCACCUUGCGCCUCGGCGACAACGAUGUCGAGAUGGUGGUGGCGAGCAUGAAGCACGAGAACGUCUCGUGGCUCGACCACUACCUCCCCGAGUGGAAGAAGAACAUUUACGUCGUCGACGAUAACAAAGCCAAGUUGACCGUGCCUACGAACAAGGGGCGCGAGGCCAUGGUCUUCCUGACUUACAUCAUUGACCGAUACGAUUCCCUGCCCGGCAACAUCAUCUUCCACCACGCCGAACGCUUCCAGUGGCACAACGACAACCCCGACUACGACGCCCUCCCCCUCCUCCAAAAGUUCCGCUUCGACAACCUCAAAAAGGUCGGCUACGCCAACCUGCGAUGCGUCUGGGUCCUUGGUUGCCCCGCCGAGAUCAAGCCCAUCCAGGACGAAGCUCCUGCCAAGGAGGGAGAGCCAGUCCACGCUCGUCACGUAUACAAGGCUGCUUUCCAGGAGCUGUUCCCCAGCCUCGAGGUCCCUGAGGAGGUCGGCGUAACUUGCUGCUCGCAAUUCGCCGUGCGUCGCGAGGCCAUUCGCAAGCGCCCGCGCGCCGAGUAUGUGCGAUUCCGCGAGUGGUUGAUUGUGUCUCCCUUGGGCGACGACCUGAGCGGCCGUGUCCUGGAGUAUUCAUGGCACAUCAUCUUUGGCCAAAAGUCGGUCCACUGCCCCAACGCCGCCGAGUGCUACUGUCAAAACUACGGCAUGUGCGACAUGACUUGCGAAGCAGACAAGUGCGACGGCCAAUACGUCCUCCCUCCCUUUUCCACCCUUCCCAAGGGCUGGCCUCGCCUCGGAUGGAAGGGAGAGGACCGCCACUGGACCGGGCAGCCCUGA